AUGCCUUGUAAUUGGUUAUUAGUUGAAGAUACUAAAUUAUGUAAAAACCCAGCAAAAGGACAAUAUUGUGCUACCCAUGCAUUCAAGAUUCGAAAGGGAAAAAGCAUUAUUUACAUAUCUAUUAUCGCAACUGUCCAAAAAACUAAAAAACCCAAAACUAAUAGCUUUACCUCCAUUUUGGAUCAGGUUCUUAAUAAAUAUAACCUAUUGGCCGAAUCAAAUCCACUUCAAUUACAUGCUCACGCUGAUGAGCUUAGUACUAUGCUACUAGAUUGGAAGGCUCGUAAAGAUGUGAAAAAGGCUCUCCAUCGGCGCUUAUUCAAAGAAAAUCAAAUAGAAGUUCUUGUGCCAGACAAAAGAAAGAAAAAGCUCAUCAUUGAAAAAAGAGCUCUCUAUUGUGCCAAAACUGGUUCAAAAAGUAAUGACGAAAUCGUUGCCUCCUGUUCGCGACUCUCUCUAUUUCGUAAUAAAUUGGCAAAAGCUGGUAUUGCUCAAGAACCUAUUGAUAUUUAUGCUAAACUUCUAGGUGUUACCACGGCUUCUAACAAAAUUCAGAAAGAAUGGACUGAACAAGAUGUAGCCAAUAAUCAGUUAAAAAUUCCACCACAUUUCUCCUUAGAAAAAGGACUUAAAAGAAUUCAAAACAUUGAUACUACCAAAGAUCCCUUAUUACAGGAUCUCGCAGAUGUAAUAAUGAUGUUGUGUAUGAGACCUGCUGAAGUAUCCAGCCUCCAGAUUGAUUACUAUGAAGUUGACCCAUCUAAUCCUUCAGCAUGGUAUAAAAAUGGAGAAAAUAAGGAUGAUCCAGAACCUCACCCAUUCUUAUCAAUGGAGAAGAACCCAGAAUGUGCAAGAGCAUUGCUUAUCUGGAUUCAAGAGGCUAUAAAGGCCGGAAAGUUAAGUAAUCCUACCUUUAAUAAAAAUGGAAAGCACAAUACUAGGGCAUUUAGCAAGUUUUUGAAGCCUUAUAAAAUCACGUCUAAAAUAUUAAGAAAAAUAGGAGGAAAGCAUGCCUGCAGAGUUCACGGUGGUCCAAACCCAACUCAUCAGCAUCUUGAUCUUCUUAACAGAAUAGCAUUGAGGCAUAAGAUUGUUCAUCUAGAUGCAGGAAAGAAUUAUGCUAUAGGCGAUACAGAAUCAGAAGACUCUGACCUCGAAUCUGAAUCUGACCAAGCACCUAGCCCAAUCUCUGAAUCUCAGGCCUCAUCAUUCCAACCUAAAAAUAAUAAUUCUAAUCCUUUCGAAUCUCAAAUAGCAGAAAUUGAUUCAAUGCUAGCUAGCUUCUAA